UCAAUGUCACUGAAUGUUCUCAGUAUGUUGUCUCAUCCCGAGAAAGGAAUAGAAAAAAAGGAAAUAAGUAAGUUGUUGAAGAAGGUUAAACAAUCACCCGGAUGUAUAUAGGAUUGACUUGCUCUUCAAACUUGCGCAAUAUUGACAGGCGAUAAUAUCACCCAAUAAGUAGAGUCAUAAACAUGUCUUCUGACACAACAAAACGACGAAUACUUGUCUGUGGGGGAGGAAAUGGUGCCCAUUGUCUAUCCACGUUAGCUGCCUCACAGAACAAUUCCGAGGUACACGUUCUGACAUUAUUUCAAGACGAGGCUGAGCGUUGGACAACACUAUGUACGGAUUCCGAUGUAAAAUUGACCAUAAUCAAUCUUGAUGGAAGCCAACGAGAGAUAUUUGCAAAGCCCACCCUGGUAACGAAAGAUCCAGAAAAAGCAAUGUCUGGUGUUCAGAUCAUUUUCCUUGUCGUUCCAGCUUUCGCUCAUGAACAAUAUUUUAAGGCCAUAGAACCACAUCUCCAACCGAAUACACUGAUUGUUGGGCUUCCUGGACAGGCAGGAUUUGAAUUUCAGUGUAGAAGUAUAUUAAGCGACAAAGCGAACAAGUGUACUAUAGCAUCAUUAGAAUCAUUGCCCUGGGCGUGUCGUAUAUUAGAAUUCGGUAAACACGCUCAGAUUCUUGGAGCAAAAGAUUCUCUGGGUAUAUCAUACAUUAAGGGAAAGUCGUGUAAAUUACCUUUUCCAAUAGUCGAGUCCAUUCAGGAUAUUCUUGGUACAAAACCUGAAAUUGAAGAAAUACAGAACUACAUUGCAAUCAACUUGAUGGCAAAAUCUAUGGUCCAUCCUCCAAUUCUUUACGGAAAAUGGAGAGACUGGGAUGAAAAGCCUUUACAGGAAGAACCUUUAUUUUAUCAAGGAAUAGAUGAAAGACAAGCAGACCUGUUAUCUAAAGUCAGUGACGAACUGAUAGCUACUGGGAAAAAGUUGGAGCAAGUCAAAGAGGGUAUAGACAUGUCACAAGUUAUGCAUAUAUAUGAUUGGUACAAAACCUACUAUAAAGAUCAAAUAACUGACAAAAGUUGUCUUAUGAAGGCCAUGAAAACGAACAGUGCGUAUGACGGACUUGUUCAUCCAAUGAUCAAAACUGAAAACGGCUACGUACCAAAUUUCAAUUACCGAUACACAACCGAGGAUAUUCCAUUUGGCCUUGUUGUAAUGAAGGGCAUUGCUGAAAUCGCCGGAGUAGAUACUCCAGUCAUGGAUGAAAUCAUUUUAUGGGCACAACAAAAACUAAACAAAGAGUACAUCGUGGGGUCGAAGCUUUCGGGAAAAGAUGUUGGUACCGCAAGAGCACCUCAGUCAUUCGGUCUAAAAACUGUCGAUGAACUUUUUGAUACUUAAUGGCCUAAAAGGCUUUGAAUUGUUAGGUUUUCUUGUUCCAUCAUAUUAAUUUAUUAAUUUAUUUUUAUAGCUUAUAUAUUUUACGACUAGUAUUAUUAUUUUAUUAUAAAUACCUUUUACAAAAAAACGUUCAUUGUUUUAUUUGUAAAGAUUAUGGUAACAGCUUUAACAUGCUAAAUUUGUUUUAUCUUUAUAGUAAAUCAGCAUUAAAUUCUCUUUUUCUUGAAUUUGAUAAUUGUAAAAUGUUUGUUCAAUACUAGGUUUUAUAUGGCAAUUAUUAUACGGCAUCUGCAUUGCUUUCUUACUUAUGCUAGCUGUAUUAUGUUGUUAUUCGUGAUACACAGUUAUCUCUCUUGUAUUAGAUAUUAUAUUAAAGUUUUGUUAAAUAAUACUU